ACCAAAGAAAGGAAAUAAAACAAAAAACAAAAAAAAAAAACUGAUUAUUCUUCAUUUGUCGGAGAUUCCACGCCCUACGCAGAGAAGGAGGAAGAGACUGGAAGCUUUCAAAACCGGCAGGUCAUGCGUUUGCGGAGAGGAGAGAAUAUAGUAGGAAGAUGAGGAAGAGAGUACCUAAGAAGAAACAGGAAUUGGAGCUUAGUGUCAGUAUCUGCAUCGAGGAGCAGCUUCCUAAUGAUCGUGAGAUUCAGAAUAUUGCGGAAAUACUUUGUCUUAAUGUGCCAAUGGCAAUGAAGCUAGCUUUUGAUGGAUUGAAAGAUUCUAAGUAUAAAACAAGAGAAACUGGCAUAGAAGAUGUUGGUGGGUUUGAAACCGUGGAAUUGUCUGUAAUGCUUUGCAACGAUGAGUUCAUAAGUAAUGGCGAUUGGGAUAGGGAAAACGACAUAGAGAUGCUGGAACUUGCUUCAUUUGGAGUCGCUAUGAGCAACGAUGCAGAGAAGACAAAGACCAUGGCUGAUGUAAUCGGUGUAAGCAAUGACGAAGAUGGUGUUGCUGAUGCCAUUUACCGAUACGCCUUCUGAGAUUACACCACCACCAGUGUCACACUCGACUCAAGCUUACAACGAGAUUAUACCAAAUUUCAUUAUUGAGGUUCACUAAUGGAGGACCAAGAUAAUAACAUGUUCUCUAUUGUUCAUAAUUACAAAAAGAUUAAUAUAAAAUUCUUAGGAGCCCCUUAGAGGGGUUCUCUAAUGUACAUGCUCUUAUCAAUUUCAAGA